UUCUUUAAUUUUCCAUCCAUUCUUACUUUAUAACCGACUUCAAGAUUUCACAUAACAUAAACAACGAACAGUCAUAAUAAAUGAGUAAUGUUAGUAUGUAUAUAUUAUUCAUUGUUUAUUUCCUGUUAUCCACUGUCAAGCCAAGCAGUCUGGAGCAAAAUCAUCAGUUGCAGGUUGAAAGCUUGAGACCUUACACGUGUUCAUGAAAUAUUUACCUAAUUCUGAAACUUGUUCAGUGUUGACUUUAAUAAGUUAUUAAGUGAAAACAGACAUUGGUGAUGACAAUAAAGGGUAACUAUACCGACAAUGAAUAUUACAACUGAAAACUACAGUGAAACCGAUAACCUACCAAAAGAUGCCACAAUAACAACGCUUUCAACUCCGCCUUUUGAAGGAUUAGACCCAGGAGAAAAUGGUACUUUACCAGAAAGCGGUUAUAACGAUACCAUAUUUGUUACUACUGAAGAACCGGACUUACAACUAACAUUUGAAAUGCUAAACAUAGUGGCAAUAAUUAUGAUGUUUGCAGAACUGUUAUUGACUCUUCUAGCAAUUGCAAAACUAAAGCAAUGGAGAAAAAAUUACAGGAACCUGAUGUUGACACAAAUUAGCUUGGCGCGGCUUUUACAACGCAUCUUGAGCUACGCUAUUUUUUUAGAAAAGAAGCCUAAUAUUUUUGAUAACAGUAAGCAACCUUGUCUAACGUACCUUACCUUGAUUACUUAUUUCAAUUUUGUUACAAUAUUUCUAGUAUUCUUUCUCAUUAAACACAUGUAUGAUUCUUUAAUAGUUAUAUUUGUGAAAAUUAGUAAAAACCGUUUCUAUAAAGUAUCGAUAUUUGCAUGGCUAUUUCCUGUUCCUCUUACUACCACUUGGGUCGCAUUCGUUGUUUAUGAUGUUUUCGACAAGUUUUUGGUGGACGUAAUAUUUUGUACAUUAUUUAAAUGGACCUUCACUGUAAUAGGGACUAUUCUCUACAUUUGUAUAUUACGCAAGAUCUUGAAAGAUAAAUGUAGAAAGUUUGCAAGAAGUUUGACGAUCAUUACAUUUAUGUUAUGUUUAAUAAUCAAUAUGUAUGCUAUAACAACAGAUAUCUCCAGAUUAAUUAGAUGUUAUUUACUUUUGGUAAUUAAGUAUAUAACGGGGUUCAUUUUAAAUAGUCUUGUUUUAUGUUUGUAUAUAGCACUUAUAUCAUCUAAUUUUAAGCAUCGUAUUAAACAUUCAGACGCUAUUUCGAACUACAGCGUGGGUGUUAUAAAUAAAGAGGUCCAACCAGGUGUGGAGAGAUACUCUGUUAAAAUUGAGUCACAAAUAAUGCUCGAUGUUAAUUUUAAGUGAAAAUAAUGAUAGCCUUUUUAAUAUUGCUACUCCAAUUGCAUAGAGUAACAGAGUACUUAGUGGCAGUAGUGGCACUGUGAUAUAAAACGACAUAUAGAAUAUAAUAUACAUAUAAAAAAGACUGAUUGUGGAAGAGGUAGGUAGGAAUGAUCCUUGGCCAAAGAAUGGAUAGCUAUUCAGCGUGGAAAUGUAGCCAGCCUAAUUGGCACCCUUCCGCAGGGGGCAGAUCUAGGGAACUUAAUGUAGGGUAUGGGUUUUAUUUAUCUAUUUUAUUCGUUUGAUAUAUACUUAAUUUUAAUACCUAAUAGGUUAUAAGUUUUGUUAUUAAACCUAUCAUAUUUAAUACGUAUCUGUAAAUAUACACAUAUAUGUAGUUGACUGUAUAUAAUAUUAAAUCACAUUUAUUUUCA